AUGCCUUACACACCACCCUCCCACCACCGAUCGCCAGCAAGCUCAGCACCGUCAUCGCCCGACGUGAGCAGACGUUCCUCCUUCCAGUCCAGCCCCAGACCUUCACUACCAAGGUCAGCAUCAUACCUCACCAAGCACAGGAGAACGCCGGCAGCGGCAGCAGGUGGUCCCACAACAAAUGGCAACUCAGACCAACCUACACCACCAGGAACGUCGGACGAUUUGAAGGGCAUGGCCACCAACAGCAGCAGUGUGAGGCAAUCACCGCCGCCAUUGACAGACGAGCGAGGCAUGCCCAAGGGCGCCAUCAUCUCACCACCCGACUCGGGAAGCGAAGAGGAGGACGUCGCAGAGCGCGGAAGGCAGAUUGACAAUCUUAAGGAGCUUCAGGACAUCAUCAGCCAAAUACCCGUUAAGAGGGAAGCCUCCCCGACCAGUUCCAAGCUCGACCAACCCGCAUUAUCUCUCAUCACCAAGGAAGACCUCCCCAAGGAAGGUUUGCCUACCAGCUUUAGUACCAGCGCCCUGGACGCCCUCGCUCAGACGGUCGCCCGCCGCGUCAACCAUGUGAGAUCCAGUACCGAGCCCAGAAUAGUAAUGGAGUCGGCUUCCAUCACUGGCUCAGAAUCCGAUUCGGACGGUAACAACUUCGAGAACAAGCCGCCAAUGGUACGCAAGAAGUCUGGAGAGCUCGUCAGACCCGCACUCCGCCCCGCCUCUGCUCGCAGGCGGCCAUCCAGCAUGCCUGGCACCCCGACCUUUUCCAAGGCCGUUCAUUUCGACUCACACCUCGAACAUGUCCGCCAUUUCCUUCAGGUUGAUCGGCCGCUCGCUGUCAGUGCCGGAUCCUCGCCGGUCGAUGCCUACGACAGUGAUACCGAGUACCCCUUCCCUGGAGAAGAACGCCAGAACGCUCGCACUCCACCGUUCGAGUGGGAGAUCGUCACGGCAAACCACCCCGCCGAUACCCCCAUCCGCAAGUCCCUGCCUGUCCGCCUCGAGAGAGUCUGGUUGUCACCCGACCAAAAGAACUUGUUGGGCUCUGUUGCAGUUGCCAACCUAGCAUUCCAGAAAUACGUUACGUGCAGAUUCACUCUGGACUACUGGAAGACAACCUCGGAGGUCGGUGCCGAAUACUCACAUGAGGUUCGCGCUCAGGACGACCACGUCGCUCAGGACCGAUUCACGUUCAGCAUCAAGCUCUCCGACCUGGCUAACCUCGAGACGAAGACGCUAUUCUUCUGCAUCAAGUACAACGUCAAUGGCCAGGAGUACUGGGACAACAACAACAACGGCACCAACUUCCAGGUCGACUUCCGCAAGAAGCAUUUGCCCCAGAACGGCAAGCGAGGCCUGCAGGGCGCUGCUGGCCGCCCGGCGCUCCCCCGUAGCAACCGCCGCUCGAGCCCUUCGUCGGCGCCUCGGCCUAAAUCCAUGCCUGUCGGCUUCGACGAUUUCGGCAACCAGUCCAAGCUGAACUUUGACCAGCCCAUCCACGAGUACUUGGGCGAGUCAGGCCCGACUGCUGGACUUCGCCUCAAGAUCAACAAGUCUACCGGCAACCUGGCUAGCGAUAACCUCUCGAGUCGACUGACUGCCCCCAGUGGACAAGCCUUCUCCAACCGCUACGACUUUGGUGCCUCCCUCACCGCUGCUGUCCAGGCUGCAAAGGACACUAUUGGCAAGGACCGCAACCAGGAUGGUCUCUAUAUGAAGAGCCAUCGCAAGAUUCACGUUCCUGCGCAACAGCCCCAGCAGGCGAAGCCGGCCCCUGCCGUUACCGCUCCCCCUGUUUCAAAGCCGGUUGUGAAGCAGCCUACCGUCCCUGGCACCGACUCUCCCAACCCUUCUCUUGCCUCGUCAUCAUACGAGGAAUUGGUCAACAAAUACUGCUUUUUCGGCUCCAAGCAGUCCAGUCCUCAGAUUAAGGAUGGCACGUUGAGAAACGGCAAGUUCGACGGAGCUGACGAUGUUUUCGCGACCCGUGGAUCCAACAGCACCAGCUCGAGCUCCAACGGCAGCCCCAGCAUGGCUCACCAAGCGCAACACGCCGGACCCGCACAACACCACGCCUUCCACCUCCGCGACUCCAACCCUUACUUUCAGCACCUAGGGUCUUACGGUGCAUCACCAGCCUCAUCUCCACUCAGUCAACCUUUGCAAAGCGAACGACCCGCAAACCAACGUCCGAGUCAGGCUACCACCCCAGCAAUAAUGAGGUCCGCUUCCCCCUCGACCUCGGUGGGUGGCUUCCCUUUCGCCGGUACGUCGCCAAAUGAAUUUCCGUACGCCCAGCAACUGCAGGAGCGCUUUCCAUUCAAUACCGAGACUCAUGCGGCAACAGCAAUUAGGGGUUAA